AAAGCGUGACUAUCGUAUAUUUCUUUCGUUAGACGGACUUAGCCGACAAUUUCCGACUGUUUCCACAAGCGUCUGUCAGCUGAUCGCUUCCAGUGAGAAGGGCCUCUCCUACUAAGCGAGUUUGUUAAAGAAGGUUAUCAGAAAGUCGCUGACCUCAGAACGUUCGUGUUUCACUACGUCCUCUUGUCCCUUUCACUCCCAAGAUGAGGCUUGUGAUUUUAGAGAAUUAUGACUCUGUGUCCCAGUGGGCAGCCAAGUAUGUCCGGAGGAGAAUACUGGACUUCCAACCUGGACCCGAUAAAUACUACACCCUUGGACUGCCAACAGGAAGUACACCACUUGGUAUGUACAAGGCCCUGAUAGAGUUUCAUAAGGCUGAGAAACUCUCCUUCAAAUAUGUCAAGACAUUUAACAUGGAUGAGUAUGUAGGUCUUCGGAGGGAUCACGCUGAGAGCUACCAUUCCUUCAUGUGGAAUAACUUCUUCAAGCAUAUUGACAUUGUGCCAGAGAAUGCACACAUCUUGGAUGGAAAUGCUGCAGACCUAGAAGUUGAAUGUAACAGAUUUGAGUCUGAGAUCACAAAGGCAGGAGGAAUUGAACUCUUCAUUGGAGGUAUUGGCCCUGAUGGUCACAUCGCCUUCAAUGAGCCAGGGUCGAGUCUGGUGUCUCGCACCAGGGUGAAGACCCUCAACCAGGACACCAUAUUGGCCAAUGCUCGCUUCUUUGAUGGCGACAUGUCCAAGGUUCCUACAGAGGCUCUCACAGUAGGCGUGGGGACUGUGAUGGAUGCAAAAGAGGUAAUGAUCCUCAUCACAGGAGCCCACAAAGCACUGGCCCUGAGCAAGGCCAUUGAGGAGGGGGUGAACCACAUGUGGACAGUAUCAGCAUUCCAGCAACAUCCAAAGACCAUCUUCAUCUGUGAUGAACCUGCCACAUUGGAGCUCCGCAUGAAGACUGUCAAAUACUUCAAUGGUCUUAUGCAUGUUCAUGACAAGCUUGUUGCGGACCCCCAAUAAAAGAAGUGAAGAUCAAUCAGAGCUACAAGAUUGGUUCUCUAAGUCAAAAGAAUAUAUGUUUGGCAUUGAUUUUCAUAUUUUGAACAUGUUGAAUGAAUUUGUAAUAUAUUCCCGCCAAAUGUCAGCACUAUAUUGCAGAAAAUAGCAGUCUGAAGUGAUUGAAAUAUGAAACUAUGUGUUUACGAUACUUAACUUCUUUUUAUUUCAACUGAAUAUAUUACUAAAAACAUGACAGUCGUUAAUUUUUGAAAUUUCAGUGACAUGUACAAGUCAAAUCAAAGAAAUUGCUUUGAAAAAGAAUUGUAACAUUUAACAUAAAUGUUUGUUCAAAAGUCUUUACUAGGACUCAAAUAACACUGGGCCUCAAUUAAAAGCCAGUAGAUUUUUUGGCACAGAGGUCUCCACAUUAUAUCAUCUUUGCAAUUAAAUGCUAGGGGUAAAGAAAAACAUACACCUGGGUGUUUAAUUGAGGAAAUAUGGUAAGUAUUAUAAUGUACAAUCAGUAUUUCCUAAGUACCCUUUUGCAUAUCUGAGUGCUUAAGUGUGAACAAUGAAGUGACUGCAUUUUAAUCUCAGUUGUUACUGUUUAAGUUCCAUACAACUAUUAUCUUGUUUUGUUUAUUUCUAUCAGUUAUUGGUCUGACAGUUCCUGUAAUCUCACAUCAGAUUCCUCUACACAUCAAGGUUAAGGGUCAUCUUCCAGCACUACACCAACCCACAAGUUCACAGUAUGAAUGGUUCACGAGGACAUGCCUGCUUUGCACUUGUCACUGUACAUUGGUAGCAACAAAUGCUAAAUAGUGUUCUGUACAUAAAGACCUAUUCUGAGCUAGUCAGGCAUUUGUCAUCCAUGGAUCAAAUGAAAAAAUUGUUUUGCUCCCCUGAAAUUAGCAAAUGUGGUAAUUGCUUCAUGUGAAGUCACCUUAUGCUGGAAUUAGGAAGAUCAGAAUUGUUUUAGGCCAGUAGAAGGUGCUGUUUUGAUGGAAUUGUAUAAAGUUCUGAUUUAACAAUAUAUGCUCAAUUUGUGUAAACCGGUUUAACUGUGUGUUUUAUUAUAUUACCAAGAGUGACAGGUGCCCAUUGUUUAAUGCAGACUGCAGACUGCGGACUGGAUACAAUAUGUAUCUGCUCUGAUAUUGUCUCUGUUUUUGUAUUGCACUCCAAUGUAGAAUUUAAUGUUGUGCCAAACAUAAAUAUGUCAUAGUCACCUCACCUUUAGUGUUAAAUCAGGGUAUUGUGAUGUGUGUUGAUAUGCGGAUCAGUGGAAUUAUUUUUCACUAGCAAGAGUUGACAUAUUUAUGUUUGAAGCUUUGGGCUGAUGAAUAGCUUCAAAUUAACUAGUUCACAGUAAACUUUCACAGAACAGUGUUCACUGGAACGUCUUGGACUUGUUUCUGUCAAUGCAAUUGGAGCAGUGGGGUGGUAGCCCGGUGGUUAAAAAAUUGGCUGGUCACGCCAUCGACUCUGGUUUGAUCCCCCACAUGGGUACAUUGUGUAAAGCCCAUUACUGGUAUUACUCUGUAGUAUGGCUGGAAUAGUUAUAAAAGUAGAAUAAAACCUACUCACUCAAAUUAAUGACCCUGUGAGUAUCUGCCCUUACUAGUACCUUGGAGAAAAAUACAUUCCUCACUUGCAGCAGCGUAAAACCAUUAAUGUCGGUGGUAGGUUUUUUGUGUGGAAUGGACCAUCAUCUGUUCAAUGUUCUUAAGUUGAAUUAAGUCUCUUUGAAGUUGACCUAAGUUGACAUAUUAGGCAAUAUUAGGGACCGCAUGUUUAUUUUGGAGGGGGGACAUGGAUAUGACGAUGAAAAGCAUUAGGGGGGAGGGGAGUCUUUAUUUUCAGUACAUUACCUCAUCUCAACAACUUCUAACACCACACCACACCCACAAUAAAUGACAGGUUCCUUACAAAGAAUUUUGAAUGUUUACUGGACAUGAUUACAACUCAGAAUGUGAAAUCAAAACAAGAUAUGUUGUCAGUUUGUGAUAACUUUGUAAUUUGUUCCUACAUUUGUCUCUCAUUAUUUGUGACUAACCAUGAGAUUAGGGGCCAUGUGGGUGAAAAUCACAUUCUGACUUUCCAUUAUAUUUUAACACUACAGCAUCUUCGGGACACAAAAAUAACAUUCACAAGCUUGUAUUCAUAUUUAUUACAGAGAUACAUGACAUCACACAAGGCGAUCUUCACUGAAGUUAGUCGACGUCAAACAUCAUUUUGACGUCAUAGCACAAUUGUAUCCUAGCACCCAUAAGGUCCCUUUUCUCCUGGUGGGUCACAUUUCUUUAAAUUACAUGAAGAUGUAUCAACUGUUCACUUCUUAUGGGUUUGCACUCACCAUUCUCAUGCAUACCAUUAACACUAUGCCUUGCCAAGGUUAGUGACAGACAGAAGUCAACAUUACUAUGCUGGCACACUUUGAAAACACAUAUUCAGAUUUUUGUAGUAUUUAGUAUAAUGUCCACAAAAAUGAAAUUAAGUAGUUCUUGCUAUUCAAGCAUGAGAUCAUCAAACACACCAAUGUUCAUUUUUUGGUUUGAAUCUCAUUCGGUGUUUCGAGAUGUACUGCCAAAAUCAUUAUCUUGUCAUUCAUUUAGAGUCAAAAAGUGAUUAUGCAUUUUCAAUGUGUUUCUGUAUAUAUCCUUUGGCAUUUCACAUGUCACUGAUCAAUGCUGAUUAGAUGAAACACAUGAUGAAAUUUGUUUCACCUUGUUAAUUCAGACAAAUCAGUUUGGACUUACAUUUUUGGAAUGGCUGUGUAUACGAAGCAAAAAUUUUCUUGACGGAAAAACGUAAAGAAUGUUACAAGGUGUUGUUAAAUGUUACUUACUGGUAAAUUUAAUUAGUUUAACCGUUUUUGUUUUUUCUUGAGCAGUUGGCAUCAAAAGUCAUGAACAUUCAUUUUCUGUUAUUUCCUGUUGUUUAACUGAAUUUCUUGCCUGGUGAUUACCGAUACAAUGCUUACAUGCAGCAAGCACCAUGCAGCUUACACGCUUAUUUCUUGCCAUGCUUAUAUAACAGUUGUUUCCUUUUUGUUAUUUAUAAGUAAGCAUAAUAUUAAAUUUCAGUAAUGUUACCCAUAUAUUUAUACGCAUAUAUUUUACAGACAUUUAUUUCUAUUAGAUGUAUUUAAGGUUUUAUCUGAAGGUCUACGUGAGAGUAUAACUUGGAAUAUUUGUAAAUGGACAUAGACAGCUCAAUCCUCAAAAUCCUAUUUAGAUUAGCAUGUUAUCAAGAAGAGUGAUGAACAUACAUUUAGAUAGUGAUAAGAUAUUAGUCUUGUCAGUCAUAUUGGAAAUAUCAUUUGGGACUUUCAUGUUUUUGUGCAUCAGUGUCAGAAUGUAGAAAGUAUUUGAGAACUGGGAAUAUAAAAGUUGUUUUUCUUCAAAUGUGAGGUUUUACACAAUUUUGACAUGUCAUCUGUAUUGGAAAUAUGUCAGGUACACAGUUAUAACUGGUGAGUAUGUUGACAUAAACUGACAAGUGGGUACAAACUUAUCAAGGUGGUUCAAGAUACAGUAAAGUACGGCUAUAACGAACCACUAAUUUUGAUUUGUUAUACCUUAGUUCGUUAUAAGUUUUAGCAAAUAGACGGGACCAAAAACGUUUGUUAUAUCGGUCAGUUCGUUAUAAGUGUGUUCAUUAUGAACAAAGUUUAUCUUACAUUUGAAAAAAAGGGUGCAAUAUAUAAGUGGAAGUGAGGGAGACAUUUGAUAAAUAUCGAGCCACCAUCUACUUCGAAAAUGAUGUAAUAUGCAGUGCUAGGUGUUGUUUAUAUUUUUGUUACUAGACUCAUAUUAUUUGUAGUACUUUGUGAUGAAAUAGAUAUUCUGUAGAAUAUAUCUUUAUAUGUGAUUAAAUGAUAACAUGUAUGAAUAAUCAACAUGAAAUGAUAAUUCCUUAGAUAAAUAUUUUUUGUAAAUUCUAUGAGCUAUUUUUUAGUCAGGUAUGUUAUGCAUACCACAUUAUCUCUUUAUUAUAGUGUUGUGACUAUGGAAACAAAUCUCCACACUGGAACACAGAUCUAUCUCCUGUGCUUUGAACACUAGAACUAUAUUGGGGUAUAAGGACAGUGUGAAUGAAUCUGGUGUAUUAUUGUUAUGUAUUGCUGUCUGAGAUAUUAAUAUGUGGCAAAACAAAAUAAAACAUUUGCUCUUGA